CAACCCCCCAAGCGGUCAAGCGCAUCUGACGGUUGACUGACGGACAUCAACUCCCUCCCGACCUACUCACCACAUACCAAUAAGACCCCGAAACAGGUACCGAAUCCCACGACCGCUGGUUUGUCGCCCACGCAACCACUUCCUUCCCCUCCCUGCGCACGCGAAACUUUAAGCCGCAACACAGUACACCUUCCUGCCGUCUCCUCCGCCUCCUCGCCACUCCACUUCUCGAGCCUUCCCGGCAUUGGCACCAGUACUCAUCGCCUGUCACCCUCCACGACAUUCAAAUAUGGCCGCCCGAAAGCUUCAACAAGAGGUCGAGCGGACCUUCAAACGAGUAGCCGAAGGCAUCGCACAGUUUGAAUCCAUCUACGAGAAGCUUCAGCAAUGCACAAACUCGUCACAAAAGGAGAAGCUCGAAGACUCGCUCAAACGGGAGAUCAAGAAGCUUCAACGACAUCGCGAUCAGAUCAAGACAUGGGCCGCCAACUCGGAAAUCAAGGACAAGAAGCCAUUACUAGAUCAGCGGAAGCUGAUUGAGACGCAAAUGGAGAAAUUCAAAGCCGUGGAAAAGGAAAUGAAAACGAAAGCGUAUUCGAAAGAAGGUCUACUAGCUUCGGCACGGCUCGAUCCAAAAUCUCAGCAGAAACAAGACAUGGUUAAUUUUCUGUCCGACUGCACUACUGAGCUGGAUCGCCAGAUUGAAGCUUGCGAAGCGGAGGCGGAGGGGUUAGCUGUCACGCUGAAGAAGGGGAAGAAGGGGGAUUCGUCGAAAGCCGAUCGGGUGGCGGAGGUGGAGAGGAUCGUCGAACGGCAUAAAUGGCAUCAGGGAAAGCUGGAGCUGAUCAUGAGACUGCUGGAGAACGGCCAACUGGAAAUCGAUAACGUGGAACGGAUCAAGGAAGACAUCAAAUGGUAUGUCGAGUCGAAUCAGGACGUCGAUUUCAUGGUCGACGAGGACGAGAACAUCUACGACGAAUUAAAUCUUGACGAGGAGAUCGCCGAGGACAUAUUCGGGAUGGGUAUGGACGCGGACCGGAUGUCGAGUCAAGAUACAACGAGUCAGCAGGACGACAUGUCGGAAAACCAAGCCCCGAUCAAAGCGAAAGAAGUUGCGACCGCUCGAAGACCCAGUACACAGAUCAAAUCGCCCAUGCCUAUACCACUGACCAUGCACACACCCAGUCCGGCGCCUUCAUUCGGCGUGAGUCCGAGCAACGGUUCCGUGAAGCCGGCACCAUUAUCCACGAGACCUGGAGAGCUGAAGUACGCAUCUGUUGCGACGGCGGCUGCAGCUGCGGAGAGAAACGUUGGGAUUGCGCCGUUACCGCCUCCACCAGGUCAGGCACCCGUUCAGGCCGCUUUUCCGCCGCCAGCAAACCCACCGAAGCAGUCCACACCGAUCAUUCAGCACGCACAGCUCGCACAACGCCAAAACAACGUGCCUAGUACACCUAGUCAUGUGCCAGAAAAGAAUUCACCGCCAGUGUCCGAACAGUCGACAUCACCCAAACCCAACGUGCGCCUACCUUCGCCUGGUGCGCCGCCAGUUGGACCUUUGCCGGAAAUUCCCAACGAACCAUCCAACUCGGAUGCUGCCCCCUCCCCGGGCCCCUCAGAAACACAAGUCAACGGCACGAAUGGUACCAAUGGCACUUAUGAGUCUACGGAACCAUCAGUCGAGCAAGCCCAGGACGAUUGCGUAUUCCAUCUGCCACCAGGCCUACAGGAUCUCAUGGAGUCGUUCGAAGCGACCAAGAAGAGACUCCUACCAAAUCCGCCAGGGCUAACCCGGUCCUUGGAGUUGUCGUACGUGAAUGCACCCGAUUCCAUCGACGCGGAGAAGCCGAAGCACUACAAGCCCACACAGAAGUACAAUACUCCCAACCACUAUCCCCAGGAGCCGUUGCCGAUAUUCGACGAUCCCGCUCUCUACCGGCGAGUGGAUACUGAUACGCUCUUCUACGUGUUCUACUACCGACAAGGCACCUAUCAGCAGUACUUGGCAGCUAAGGAACUGAAGCGCCAGAGCUGGCGGUUUCACAAGCAGUACCAGACUUGGUUCCAGAGGCACGAGGAGCCCAAAACGAUCACCGAGGAGUAUGAGCAAGGAACAUACCGGUUCUUUGACUACGAGAGUACAUGGAUGAACCGGAGAAAGUCCGACUUCAAGUUCGUGUACAAAUACCUUGAGGAUGACUUGUAGGCUGUCACAGUCAUCCCUGAUGGUAUUUGGCUUAAUUGUCUCCGUCAUCACUUUGUUCUCCUUCCGUUCUUGGUAGGCGCCGUGCUCAAUGGUUGGCAUGACCGUGACCCGAUCAAACCCACUCAUCAUCUACUCUUUUACCUCUAGUUUGUCCCUCUGAACCAGGAACUAUUGGUGUGUUUGUUGUGCUUUUGUGUAUUUCUUUUCCAUGGUGUUUGAUUGCGUGAUUUUUCUGUAUCCGCAAAUUCCGGUGCAGGUUGGUCGGUGGCUAUGCCUUCAUCAUGUAAGGUGCUUUACCGCGUCUUGUUUGCUUUUUUUCUUUUUUUCUGCUAUGUUUUACCAAAUGGGUCGCGUGCGGGGCAUACUGGUGAUCGGUGGUGUUGUGGAUAGCUACUACAUACGGGAGCUCCUACUUAUUGAAUGGAAGCAGCUUACAAUCUCGGGA